AGCUCCCUGUUGUCAACAGCAUGGCAGAAGAAGCAACUUGCUUUUGUGUUAAACUGAGACUUCAAUCAGAGUCAGCAUUCUGAUUUCUUCUUAGAACAAGGCUCUGAGACUGAAACUUCCUCCUUGUGUUUCAUAAGACAAACACCUCCUUUGACCUCUCACCUUUGACUUCAAGUCCAAGGAUCUGCUCUAUGCCUGCAAGAGCACACCAUGGCCAAGAAAGUUGCAGUGAUUGGAGCUGGCGUGAGUGGCCUAUCCUCCAUCAAGUGCUGCUUGGAUGAGGACCUGGAGCCCACCUGCUUUGAGAGAACCAAUGACUUCGGGGGACUGUGGAAGUUCGCUGAAACUUCCAAGGAUGGGAUGACCAGGGUCUACAGGUCACUAGUGACAAAUGUCUCCAAGGAAAUGUCAUGUUACAGUGACUUCCCAUUCCAGGAAGAUUUCCCCAAUUACAUGAGCCAUGAGAAAUUUUGGGACUAUCUCAGAGAAUUUGCUGAGCACUUUGACCUCCUGAAGUAUAUUCAGUUUAAGACUACUGUGCUCAGUGUAACACAACGCCCAGACUUCUCUGAAACUGGCCAGUGGGAUGUUGUCACAGAGACGGAGGGCAAACAGGACAGAGCUGUAUUCGACGCCGUCAUGGUUUGUACUGGGCAGUUCCUCAGCCCUCAUCUACCUCUGGAGUCCUUCCCUGGAAUCCGUAAGUUUAAAGGACAGAUCCUACACAGCCAAGAGUACAGGAUUCCAGACACCUUUCAGGGCAAGCGCCUCUUGGUGGUUGGUCUUGGAAACACUGGAGGAGACAUCGCAGUGGAGCUCAGCUAUACAGCAGCUCAGGUGUUUCUCAGCACUAGAACCGGUAGCUGGAUCUUAAGCCGCCUCUGGGCUGGUGGCUACCCUUUCAAUAUGAUGCACUUAAGAAGAUGGCAUAAUUUUAUUAAACGAGUCCUGCCUUCACGUUUUAUGAGCUGGUAUCAAGAGAAGCAACUGAAUAAAAUGCUUAACCAUGAGAAUUAUGGAUUAAGCAUUGCAAAAGGGAAAACACCAAAAUUUAUUGUGAAUGAUGAGCUACCAAACCGCAUCCUCUGUGGGAAAAUCACCAUGAAAACCAGCGUGAAGGAUUUUACAGAGUCCUCUAUCAUCUUUGAAGAUGGGACAAUAGAAGCCAACAUUGACGUAGUGAUCUUCACUACAGGAUAUGAAUUUUCUUUUCCCUUCUUUGAAGAACCUCUCAAAAGCCUUUGUACAAAAAAGAUGGUCCUAUACAAGCGAGUCUUUCCCCCAAAUUUGGAGAGAACAACAUUAGCCAUCAUUGGCCUGAUCCGCCUCAAUGGGUCUAUCUUAGUGGGCACAGAGUUCCAAGCACGGUGGGCCACAAGAGUAUUCAAAGGACUCUGUGACAUACCUCCGUCCCAGAAACUGAUGGCCGAAGUCACUAAAAAGGAAGAGCUCAUUAAAAGGGGUAUGAUUAAAGACACCAGUGAAGACAUUCUUGACUUCAUUUCCUACAUGGAUGAGCUCGCUCAGUGCAUAGGCUCAAAGCCCAACAUUCCACUUCUGUUCAUUAAGGACCCAAGACUAGCUUGCCAUGUUUUCUUUGGACCGUGCACCCCUUAUCAAUACCGCCUAGUGGGCCCUGGAAAAUGGGAUGGAGCCAGAAAUGCCAUCCUGACCCAGUGGGACAGGACCAUGAAGCCAUUAAAAACUCGAAUUGUUCCUAAGUCCCCUGAGCCUGCCUCCCUGUCACAUUGCUUAAAAGCUUGGGGGGCACCUGUCCUCCUCGUCUGUCUUAUAUUUCUCUGUAAAUCUUCACGUUUCCUUAAAUUGGUGCAAGAGAAGCUACAAGGAAGAGUUUUCCCUUAUCGCCUUCUAUGGUACGUCCCCCAGAAUUCAUGAGUUGGUCUCCAGCCAUGGAGAAAAGUAUCUGGGGCGCCCUUGUAAACAGACUGGUGCUGCUCUCAAGUACUGGAUCAGUCUCCAUAGGGUGGUGGUCACAAAGCAAAGCUGCCUCUUAUUUCAUCACCUUUCCUGCGCACUUAUUUGCCCUUCGACCUUUCUGCCAUGGGACGACAUAGUGGAAGCCUCUCACCAGAAGCUGCCACUGUGUCCUUGAACCCCCCAGCCUCACAAACAAAAUAAACUUCUAUUUCACCCUUC